UGGGAGUCCUGCCGGGAGGAGAGCCACGCGCAUCCCCAUAUCCCCAUGCGGGUUGUCAUCCUUGUGUGUCACUUGGAUUUUACUACCAUAAUUGUGUAUCAACAUAGAUCGAUUUGAGUUAUGGAUAUCUGCAGAUAUGUACUGAUAAUUGAACAAAAGCAAGAUAGAUUUGGGGGAAGUGAAAACAGUGAGUUGUGUCGACUUGUGACCGUUUGGACUGAGUGGGGGUGGGACUGCUGACAACCAUGGCAGUGAGUCUGGUCAUGCCACAGCCUCAUCCUGGUGUUCCAGCCCAUGUAGGCCCUCAGGUGCUCCCUUGGCUCCACACAGGAGGAGGAAGAAUGGCAACAAGGAGCCCACUAGGAUGUGACAGGACUGGAGGAGGUGAAAAGUCCUCUGAAGAGGCCAUCAGGAGGCUGUCAUCUACUGAUCAAGUCUCCACACGUCUACCAGCAGGAUGCAGCAUAAGUGUGAGUGCUACUGGUUCAACAACCAGAAUGAGGAGCAGCAGUUUGGUACUGUCAGUAUGUCCUUUGUGAAGGCGCAGCAGAUGUGUCCAAACUUCAUGGUGCAGACUCAAGUUUAAGUACACCACCAAUGCCGCCACUACUGGUGGAAUGCAUGCAUCCUCCCCUUUUCCUCCUUGCUGUCCUGCCUUGACUGACCAUGCCCUGCCGGACAUGGUGUGGCUCAUGAGGGACUGCCAGGCCUCGGAGACCCUGCCUGGUACUAGUGCACUGUUCGGCCUGCUGUGGGCUCACUGGGACCAUGUGUAGGCCCUCCUCAGGGCUGGGUGUGAGUUGAAAGCCUGUUUGGACUGGUGAAGGUCAUGCAGCAGCAGCAGAUGGCAAUGGUACAGACUUCGGAGCAGUACAUUUUCCUGCACCGUGUAAUGAGGGAACUGUUCAAGGAGAGGAGACUCAUGGUGAUCGACGCCCACCCCUACCAGAACAUUGUCACUGAUGGGGCACCUCUCAUUCUGUGGGAGGAGAGUGACUACGAGGAGCUGUACAUGAAGCCAGAGAAGCAAGCAGAUAAACAGCCCCCCCACCAAGCCCCAUCCCAGCCAGCCACCCCCUCCAUCCACCAGUCCCCAGGGCAACUGCCCAGCCAAGAGCAGAAGCCCUGUGUAGCGCUUGCUAGCUGAGGACUUUGGACCAACUUGGACAUCUACAGCAGCAGCAGCAAGGUGCUCUUCUUGGAGAAAGUAGAGGAGCUGUACUUGAAAAUUACCCCAGCUUCACCAAACGGCUUUCAUCAUCUGCUGCCUUGUAUAUAAUACACUUUGAAUAUCACCUCGUCUUUAUCUUGAAAUGUGUAAAGAAAAACAAAUAAUUAUAA